CAGAACCACCAACAGAACCACCUACAGAACCACCUACAGAGCCACCAACAGUGACUCCACAAAUCUGCGAGUCUCUGAACUGUAGUGAGAAUGAAUAUUGUGGGGAGAAAAAUGGCACUCAUGGCUGCUUCUGUAUUGUGGACCAUCCCAGACCAAACCCUGAUUAUUACGAUGCCACUGAAAUGUGUGAUGGCAGCUCCGGCACCAUGUCUCUGUCCCGCUGUCAGCUGUUUGAAGCUGGAUUUCCUGAUAAUAAACUUCACUUAAAUGACCCCAGCUGCAGAGGAACAGUCCAAAAUGACAGACUGGUUUUCCACUUUGAUAAUGAUAACCACAUCUGUGGCACACAUCUCACGGCCAAUGGCACCCAUAUCAUCUAUGAGAACCGAAUCCUAGGGGAGCUGGACACAGCAGGGGGCAUUAUUCACAGGAAGAAAAGAAUGGAACUUUCCUUCUCCUGUGUGUAUCAGCUCAAUAAGACAUUAAGCAUGGACACAGAGCUCAACCCUAUUCAGAGCAUUGUUAACAGGCAUAUUCCAGAUGGAGUGGGCAUGUACCAGGUCACAAUGAUUCCCUAUAUGGAUGCUGGCUUCUCUCACCCUUACACUGGCAGUGUAAAUAUAAUGGUGGGCGAAUCAAUCUACAUAGAAGUCUCUGUUCAAGGAGUGGACAGUCGUCAGAUUGCCCUGGUGAUGGAUACAUGUUGGGCCACACCUGUAAAUGAGAAGCACUAUCCUGUCUACUGGGACCUGAUUACUCAAAGGUGUUCUAAUCCAAAAGACCGCACAGUCAAGGUUCUCAAGAAUGGUUUAUCCACAACUGGACGAUUUUCUUUCAAGAUGUUUUUGUUUCAUGAAGAUGAACCCAAGGUCUUCCUUCACUGCAGCAUUCACCUAUGCCUGCUGAAAGAUCAGAACUGUGCAGUGGUGUGUCCCGCUAGAAAUCACGGCCGUCCAGGCAGAUCUACAAACAUCCAUGAUAGUGCCUCCAUCUCCAUUGGGCCUUUUAUCUGGUCCACAAAGGCUUUUAGGCUCAAGAGGAAUGAAAACUUCCCUUCAUGGAUUACCUGAACACCAAGAUGAUUCUAUGAGUGUCAACAUUACGAGCAAUGAUUAUACUGCUUUUGAUUUAGAUAAUGCUGGCAGAACACCCAAGGACUCUUCCCAGGACUUUACGUUCUCGCAAACCCUGUGGAUCUAGCCUUUUUCCUGGCACUCUACAGAUCCACAAUCCGGACCUUCCUAAAGGACUUCCCGGGUUCUAGUGACUUUCCUGGUACGACACCUAUAGCCCAUAUCCUCAAUUACCACACUGAGUACUUGGCCAAGUCGAUAUCUUUAUCUGCUCUUUGCCGUUCUACUUCAAUAAAACGCACUUUGGUUUCCACCGGUGUUUAUCGGCCGGACAAAAUGCUUUCAGUUGUCAUGUGACUGCCUCAAUGGUUUGUACCAAAAAUUUUUAUUUCAAUUGUAUAAAUUGAGCCCCAGGUGCCUGUAGGGGAGGCCUGGCGGUCCCAAGGCCCUCAGAGAUUGAAGACACCAGCCCAGGUCGUGGUGGAGGCACCAACGCUUG